ACAUUCGCUUAGUCCGUUGAGAGCGGGACUUCCUGCCGCGGUAUUGUGGGCUCUGUCCUCAGCACAGAAGAGGUGUUGCUCUUAUACUGGACAGGCAACGGAGAUCGCGCCUCACCCCUGCGUUAGACCGAGCGAGGAUAUUUGCCUUCUCCGCCGCGCCCAAGUAUGACCUGAACGAAUGGAGGCGUAUUUCUUUGAAUGGAAUCAGGUGAUGUUCUGGACAGCCUGUCUAUCCAGCCUGGUGGUUUUCUGGUUGAUUUUCGCGUUCGUCCGUCGUGUUGGCAACACCCUAAACCACGAAAGCCUAGCCGAGAAAGGAAACCUCCCGAUCAAUUUGCGCUUUGAGCACUUAAAGGACCAAUGGACCUUUCUCAUGAAGAAGUACAAACUCAGUGAGUCCACGGUACCCCGGUGGCACUUUUGCGUUUUUGACCGUUUUGACCUCCAGAUAUUUGUGGGUACAUGGAACAUGGGAAACUCGGUGCCGCCCAACUGCGACGUCAUCCGAACAUGGUUCGCGUGUGAAGCAGGCGGCACGGGCACUUCGCCAAAUGGGAGCUGUGCGCGAUUGCAGCACGACGUGAUCAUUGUUGGCGUUCAGGAAUGCGCGUACUACCCCGAAAAACAGUCCUGCGAAAAUCACUGGUUCAACCUGCUAAAAAAAACGCUGGGCUCGGAAUUCACCAUGAUCGCGUGCAUAAGUCUGAGAAAAUCCAUUCGCACGGGCGUAUUCGUGCGCAAACUAUGGACCCCUUGUAUAGAUGCCAUACAAGCUGACAUGCAUUCUACCACAUUUCCCGUAUUUUGGAGAAAAGGCGGGAUUGGCGUGCAUUUGAAACUGUUGGGGACCGACCUGUGCUUCUUGAACUGUCAUCUCAGCGCUCACUCGUCCAGGACGCUCACCCGAAACAGCGAGCUCCGGAGGCUGUUCGGCCGGAUCAAGCUCGGGCGUCGCAAUUGCGACAUCAGCAACCAGUUUCACCACAUUUGGGUCUUUGGAGACCUCAAUUACCGCGUGCUGACCGACUGGAACCACUGCGACCGACUCAUCUCGGCGCGAGAUUGGCAGACGCUCGAAUCGUACGACCAACUCAUACAAGAACAAAAAAAAGAAAAAAUCUUGUACGACUUUAUCGAAGGACCGUUAAACUUUUCUCCUACAUUCAAGGUGGCGCGCGGAAGCCCAGACUGCUACAGCAGUCAGCGCAUCCCCAGCUGGUGUGACCGCAUUCUCGUGCACUCUCUACCGAAUUGCUCGCUCCGGACAAACAACUACGCGCGUGCGAAGUCAAUCGCAUCGAGCGACCACACACCUGUCUAUGCCACCUUCACCUGCUCUAUCCCGCCAUCCAGAGUCCUGCACCAACACCGCGACUACGUCAAAACGCAUUCGCACGAUGAAAAAAGCACUGACGUGCCGGCGCUCCGCCACGCUCGCCCAUUUCGCCUGAUUUUCACCCAACUCGUUCUCGAAAUGACUGAACAUGCCUGUACCGACAUGUACCCGGAGUUUCGUCCUGCGGUCGCGUUUGCGUCUCCCGUCAUUUCCGGAGACUGCGAAGCGACCGCCGCCACAAAUGCGGACCUUUUCACCUAUUUCUGGGACUCUACGAUCACCUUGCGCACCGAGCCCAUCUGCGCGCACCUGUUGGCCGUGAGCCACUUGUAUAUCCACAUACGCGAUCAGAGCUCCGCCGGCGCUUCUUCGGCGAACGUCGCUCUGGCCGUGCUGGCCCUCCAGACGCCAUUUCGCUCGCCUCAAACCUUCGCCGCUCCGGCUAUAAACUGCGGCGUCAAAUUCGGAACCAUAUCAGGCUGCUUCCACAUAAAAUGCUGACGGGACGGCUGCCUCGGCGACUGCGCCCCGACGGAGCUCUCAAGUCCCGCUAAAGGCGCGCGACCUCUUCAAAACCUGCCGCAGAAUAAAAUCACCGCUCACCGGCGCCAAAGCUGUUCUCCGCUCGGGAAAGAGUUCGGUUUCGACAGAGCACCGCCGUGGGCUUUUUGUUUUCUGCCGAGUCA